GUUGAAGACAUCACCCCAAUCAAUACACACAGUAUCUCCGGCCUGCUUCCCGUACUCCUUUUUGGACCCCGACCAGCACCACGCAUGACAGUGUGAGUGGAACGUUUGCCUUACGGACUGUGUCAUUUGAAGUGUUCGCAAACACAGAUCCAGCAUUUACCGUUCUUGGACCAUCUUUCGGCCGUGAUUGCGCGUUGCGCCUCGAGCCCUCGCUCGGCACUCAUCCAUCCAACCUCGCCGGUCUGGUCGUUGAAACGCCUCGGUCCGUCAAUUUGACUCUCCGUAUUCGACUCCCGACCCAAACAUACCACACCGCCUGCCCGCUAGUCGACCGACCGAUUCGACCCUUCCCUUCUUUCGUUCUCCUGCGCCAUGGUCUGAUAGACCCCUGCGCUUCUCCGACCAACUUACACUACCAUGGCAAACAACGGCCCAUCUAUCAAGAGUGAGCCUGGUGCUGCAGGCUCCGAGGCGUGGGAUGAGGAACGUCUUGAACAGGCUUUAGACGAGCUCAAGCUCUUGCAUGUCAAGCUUCGCGGCUUACGAACGACGAUACCUCGAAUGAUGGAACCUUUGUCUGUCAAACAACCAAGUCGUACGUCUGGAGCCUAUCAUCACAUAUUUCGCUCACUGACGGUAUACCAUCCAGCCCAGAUCACGUUCCAAGCGUAUAUGGAGUCGGUGGCUGCGGCCAAGAAGGAAGUGCAAGACUUUCAGGACUUGAGAAAGAGCGAGAAGAUCACGAACAUUAUGGAACAUGCUACACAACGCCGUAAAGAGGAGCCUAAUGGCAUCAAAGCGUGGCGUACGACAGACCACCCUGACUGGACAACGACAGACUCAUAGCGCUGCCGUUGAUCUUCAGGUAGAUGUAUCAGCAAUUAUGGCGUUACGGCGACUAUUACGCGGGAAGCGGAUUGAUUUUUGGGUACAUCAUGGCUCGAUGGUGCAUAUAUGAGCAGAUGCCUUGGGACCGGGGCUUUAAGGGGCCCAUUGCAAACAAGCUGAAGGGUAUAUUCAUGAAAAUGAUGGAGAGAACGCAAUUAGAAUUCCAGUUGAAAGUGAAAGGCGAUAACACAAGGCUAGCCGAUAUCUUAACUUUGAAGCAGAGAAUCACCAGUGAGGCUGGCUUGGUUGGAUUCUGGACUCAAAUCAAGCUCAGGAAAUUACUGCUGCCGUUGGGCACUUUAGCUGGCAGGCUGCGGG